AUGCUUCUGCAAUCAUUCAAGGGUUCCCUUCGUAGGAAUAUCCUUCGUUCCACACGUACACUCACCACCACCUCAUCAUUACUUAAUAAUACCAAACCCAAUUCCACUAACCCACCACCACCACCAACAACUGACGAAACAACUCAUUUCGGAUUCAAAACCGUCAAUAAAGAAGACAAAGAAAAAUUAGUCAAAGGUGUAUUUUCAUCAGUAGCAUCCAAUUAUGACGUAAUGAACGAUGCUAUGUCACUUGGGGUCCAUCGUCUUUGGAAACAACAUUUCAUCUCGCGUCUUGAUGCCGGUAUGAGACCAGGAGCUGAUCGUCCAUUAGAUUUCUUGGAUGUGGCUGGUGGAACUGGAGAUAUUGCAUUUGGAUUAUUAGAGAAUGCGGAAAAGAAAUUUGGUGAUAUUAAAUCAACUAUGACUAUUGCCGAUAUAAAUCCUGAUAUGUUACAUGAAGGAGAACUUAGAUUUCAAAAUACGAAAUGGAAUGAUGGUAGUGAUCGAGUGAAAUUUUUAGUUCAGAAUGGAGAAACUAUGGAUAAGAUUGAAGAUUGUUCUAAGGAUGUAUAUACUAUUGCAUUUGGAAUUAGAAAUUUUACAAAUGUUCAAGCAGGUUUAAAUACUGCAUAUCGUGUUUUAAGACCAGGUGGGAUUUUUGCUUGUUUGGAAUUUUCACAAGUGGAGAAUAAAGUACUUGAUUUUGGAUAUCAAGCGUAUAGUUUUAGUUUAUUGCCGUUAAUGGGUCAAUUGAUUGCUAAUGAUAGAGAUUCUUAUCAAUAUUUGGUUGAAAGUAUUAGAAAAUUCCCAAAACAAGAAGAUUUCAAAUCUAUGAUUGAAAAAGCAGGAUUUUAUGUUCCUGAACCAGGGUAUGAAAAUUUAACUUUUGGUGUUGCUGCUAUUCAUAUUGGUAUUAAACUUUAA